GCUGGCCUGGGUCACCUGUGGUCACCUGUCCACUCUGUGUCUGGUGGAGGGAACAGACAAGACGUCAGCGUGGUGGUCAGUGGUCAGGUCACGCUGAGUGUGCGGCAGCUUGCGCCUGUGUCUGAGCUGGCCUGGGUCACCUGUGGUCACGUGCGGAGUGGCGGCGCCUCCCUGGGCUCACCUGAGGGCGUGCAGGAGAACAGACGCGGUGAAAGAGCAAGGCCAGACUGGCAAGUCCUCCUGUCCAUUGUGCCCCAGAGCCUCUCAGAUCAGUGGCUGGCAAGUCCUCCCAUCCUCUCUGCCCCAGAGCCCCUCAGGUGCAAGGUCAGUGUGCAUCCUUGGUGCAGCCCCAGGGUUCCUGCAGGACCAGCCACGGCCAGGAGCAGCAUUGCAAUGGAGGGUGCGAGGCCAGGCAGCAGCAGCAGCAGCAGCAGUAGUAGUAACAGCCUGGAGCAGCAGGUGACCCAAGGCGGGAGGACCUACACUUGUGACCACUGCGGCAAAGUGUGCUCCACCAAGGCUGCCAUUGCCAGACACGUCCUCUCCCAUGCCAGCAAGACAAGGCUGAGAGGCAGGAGUGGCCCCGCUGAACACACUGCCACCCACACUGGUGGCAGGAACCACAAGUGUGACCUCUGCGGGAAGACAUUUGUCUGGAAGAGUCAUCUUGCCUCACACAUCCUCACCCACACUGGGGAGAGACAGUUCCAGUGCCUGGAGUGUGGGAAAAGAUUUAUCCACAAAAGUCAUCUUAACAGACACAUCCUCACCCACACUGGGGAGAGAAAGUUCCAGUGCCUGGAGUGUGGGAAAAGAUUUACCCAGAAGGGUACUCUUGACAGACACAUCCUCACCCACACUGGGGAGAGAAAGUUCCAGUGCCUGGAGUGUGGGAAAAGAUUUACCAACAAAAGUCAUCUUAACACACACAUCCUCACCCACACUGGGGAGAGAAAGUUCCAGUGCCUGGAGUGUGGGAAAAGAUUUACCAACAAAAGUCAUCUUAACACACACAUCCUCACCCACACUGGGGAGAGAAAGUUCCAGUGCCUGGAGUGUGGGAAAAGAUUUACCCAGAAGGGUACUCUUGACACACACAUCCUCACCCACACUGGGGAGAGAAAGUUCCAGUGCCUGGAGUGUGGGAAAAGAUUUACCCAGAAGGGUACUCUUGACAGUCACAUCCUCACCCACACUGGGGAGAGAAAGUUCCAGUGCCUGGAGUGUGGGAAAAGAUUUAUCCAGAAGAGUAUUCUUGACAGUCACAUCCUCACCCACACUGGGGAGCGAAAGUUCCAGUGCCUGGAGUGUGGGAAAAGAUUUACCCUGAAGGGUACUCUUGACACACACAUCCUCACCCACACUGGGGAGCGAAAGUUCCAGUGCCUGGAGUGUGGGAAAAGAUUUACCCACAAGGGUACUCUUGAGAGACACAUCCUCACCCACACUGGGGAGAGAAAGUUCCAGUGCCUGGAGUGUGGGAAAAGAUUUACCCAGAAGGGUACUCUUGAGAGACACAUCCUCACCCACACUGGAAAGAAGAAGAGAAAACAUCCAAAAUCAUAGCUGUUGCAGUCCCCGGUGACUCCGGCCUCAGUAGAGCUGAAAGGCACAAAACUACAAAAUAUCACGACCUAAAAAGUGACCUGGGAACAACAUGGUCGCCGAUGGACACCGGUAUAAUACCAGUGGUGGUGUGGGCGACAGGGCUAAUGAAGAAAACCUUGAGAGCUGCCUGGAGGCAAUCCCCGGUCGCCCAAGUGCCCACGAGGUACACACAGCUGCGGUCAAGGGAACGGUCGCCACGCUGAACAGAGCCCUCGGAUGCAAUGCCGGCGCUGCUGAGGGUGUGACCGCUAACACCAGGCUUGGGGCCCAUUGCACUCACCAGACAGCAGAACAGGAAAGUGCAGAAAACGGGGAGAGAAAGUUCCCGUGCCUGCAGCGUGGGAAAAGAUUUACCCACAAAGGUAAUCUUAACACACACAUCCUCACCCACACUGGGGCUUGUACAAACUCGGCGCACCCUGAGUGUAGGAAGACAGAAGGAAGCAGAAACAGCAGGAUCUGCUCUGAACCACCCUGGAGAGAGAAACUGCAGCAGAGGAUCACCCAUCAAAGAGAAGAAAUCUGGCAGAUAACAAGCUUCCUGCAAGACCAAAACCACACAAGGAACCUCCUCAAGAAAACAGACAGAAUGACAGCAAGGCGCAGCGCAGGCAGCGGCCGGCCGGGUGGGAGACCGGCAGGGGCCGAGCCCCGGCCGAAGCCUUGGCACCACAGAUGAGGACAAAGACAAGAAAAUAAAGGCCAGAAAGAUGAAGAGGUAGCUUGCAGAAAAGCCAGGGGUGGUGUGCAGACACAUGGCAAAGACCUCAAUAGUUGAGUACAUGCACAAUGAAGGCACUUGCCUAGUGUCACCAUCAUCAUCAUCAGCAUCAGUCACCACCGCCUGCCUGCCUGCCUGCCUGCCUGCCUGCCUUGAGCCACUCCGCAUGCCGACAGUUCUACUUGUCUUUGUCUCUAGCGUCUGGAGUGACGAUGCCGCGUUUGCUGUAGUUGUUUCCUCCGCUCCUCUUGUUGAAACGAUAAUCGCGUCUACUUGAUAGUGCCGUGGUGCGGGGGUGACGUUGGUAGCACUGUGCCGCCGGGUAGUGAAGCCAGGUGGUGGCAGUGAUGUAGAAGCUGCAAGCUGAGGCACACUGGGAGGACCAGAAGUGGCAGGGAAGGUGAGUGACUGGGAGAGCAGCAUCGUGCUGGCCAACCACGGAGGGACCGACCUCAUGCAAGGAGCUGUGGCGGCCAGACAGAGAGAGCGCCCGUUUUACGCCUGUGCAACACCUGUGCAGUUUGGUCCCCCUGUGUUACACUGCGACGCUAGUCACCUGCCACUGCCGCCACGCGACUGUGUGCCCCAGAGCACGCCGCGAGUGUUGUGCGUCCUGCCAGGCUGAAGCACCGAACACCUGACGCCGAGGCGUGUGUGUCACACCCGCAUGGUUUGCUGCGGCGUGGACUGCCGGAGGAGGCAGCCGUACCACGUUGUUGGCGAGCUGCGACUCUUUGGUGCGGUGUUCUGUGCCGCCGCACUGUGAGGUGGCACCCGCUGCCCAGCCACACCGUGCUUUGCCGAGCGAGGGCCGGUGGUGCAAGCCUUGCUGCUACUGCAGCGUGGCAGUGUGCCUCCGUGGCCUGUGGUGCUGCUGUGUGGAUAAUAAAGACGGGGGUGCCCGUGAGACUGUAUUUUCUUGCCCUUCCCCCUCUCAUAGUCUGCUGAGUCCAGACAGGUGUUGUGUGUGCCUGCCCCACUAGUCAAAAGGACCCCACAGUGACACCAGUGGUGGAUUCCUAUUGUGCGCUGACCGCCCUGGGCUGCUGCAGUGCUAAGUGGUACCUGACAGCGCCAGAAGGCUGGAAGGGACGUGCACAACAACAUUAAACAUGACAAGUGCAUUUAUCCGAUAUGUUUCCAUGUCUCCAAGUCGUGGUGCCUUUUGCAUUGCAUUAUGACAAAAUUAUUUCAUCAACUUCAAGUCCGGGACAUGAGGGAUGCCAUCCGGACACGCAUUUUUAGUCUAAAUGUUUUCAGAUCUCGCUGAGUGCACCAACAUACACUCGUGUCACACAAUAAUUUCAGCAGAGCUCAUUUCUUUAACAAAAAUAGGACAGCCUGCUUCUCAUAGGAUAUACGUACGUUUCCUAUAAGUGUCAUUUUAAAGUUUUACUUUAUACAUUCUUGGUCACCUUUUCUCUAAGGUUUAUGAAACGACGCGCGUCAUUUGCCUGUUGGUGUAAACUCCGCCUAUUUCUCCAUAAACUCUGCUCACUUUCUUCUAGCAUAACUUUUGCUCAAAGGACAAACCUAUGCCGGGGUAACUUGGCUUAGGUUUGCCUCAGGAAGCAAACCUAUUGAUGCGCACAAUUGGAUGCGCCGUAGAUAGGAUAACUAAUGCGAUUUUGGGCCACCAAGAACGCGCCUUUAGGUUCCGAAGCUCCCAGGAGACCUGCGCGAAAGGAAUACGUAGGAAAAUGACUCUUUCCGAGGCGCUUGCGAACAACUGAAAAAGACGCCUUAUGUUUCUUUUUCUUUAUUUAUUUAUUUUAUAUACUGGCUCCCUCAGUA